CAUUAAGCUGUGUGUAGCUUUGAACAGUGGAGCCGUAAUAACAUCCUUAAGUGACAUUCGACACUGGAAGUACAUUAACUCGAUCACAGACAAGCUUUCUUGACUUGAUCAAAAUGUUGAAGUUUCUAUCGAAAGUGAAAAUAGAGUUCAACGCACUGGACCCACGCACGGCGGCGUGUAUGGAGUUUCUGGCCCAGUGUAAUGCUCGCAAAGCUAAGGAAUCAAACCCGGCUUGUCAGUUGUUGGUCAAACGUCGUACCGAUGAUCACCCACCUCAGAUCACUGUCACUUUCGUUAAUGGGGUCGAGGAGAAGUUCGACGCUACUUGUACUCCGGCGCAGAAAAUUAGGACAAUGAUUCUUGAGAAGGGUAUGAUGCUUGAGACUGAACAGAUGUUUAAAGAUGCUGGGGAGAAGUGGCCUGUUGUUAUUCCCGAGGAGGAGAUUCAUCAGUAUGCUCCUGGCACGAAGCCGAGGAAAGCAGAGGAGAAGAAGCAAUGAGCAUGGCAGUUGAAACAGCAUUCUGUAGUAUUAGCAGCAGUGUGCCGACUUCCACAAUGCGGAAGCCUGAAAAGUCCACAUUUUAUCAGAUGUAUGGCCAGUUUGUGACCAAUUUGAGAUGUUUUUAAGUUCAAAUGGAUUCAUUUUAGAUUUUGGCAACAAUAAUCUUAUGUUACCAGUUCUCAUGCUAAUUUGAAAUCCACAGAUGACUCUAGAAAUGUGAGCUGACUUCUCACAUAUUUUGUUUCACAA